AUGAAUUUUUGUUGUACCGUGGAAUCUGGAUUCUUGUACCGGAACACGAAAUCAACGUUUUAUAUUUUUCUAGAAUGUAUACGAAUGUUUGUAUAUUUAAUUUGUACUUAUCAUAUAAUUUUCAACAUGGGAAUUGCUUACAUUCUCGUUCAUUUCAAUAUCAUCAAAUAUUGGGCCAUCGUCAUAACGGCAAGAAUAUCGGAGAAAUGGAUAAUAAAGUUUAUUAAUGGAAUCAUCGAAUUUGAUAUGAAACUAUUUUUAUUUAAUUCAUCGACCCCUGUUAAAUUAUAUUCAAAGAGUAAAACAUUUUGGAUUUUUAUUUUUGCUAGUUUUGUUUUGUAUUUUCUUUGUUGUCAAUAUUUUCUUAUUAAAUGUUUUGGUAGAACAAUUAAAGACUUAUCUGAAUAUCUAACGGUCGUGUUCCAUUCACCAGAUAUUAUUAUCUUUACAGUAAUGUUUACAUCGCUUUAUUAUCUCACUAAUUUGGGGUACCGAUUUUGUGAAUUGAAUAGGUUAUGGAAAUGUUUACCUUUUGGAUUACUAGCUUUGCCAGGUGGAUGGACAAAUUCAGAGAUAACUAUGUUAGUAGAACGUAUACGAUUGUUACAUGCUGAACUUUCUGAGUUGCUUAGAUUGUUUAGUUUGGGUUACGGGCCAGUCUUAUUGGUAUAUUUUACAUUUACAUUCACCCAUACUUUAAUAGAAACAUUUUUAUUUACGAUAUAUAAGGAUUCACUGAAAAAUAAUAUUUUUCCAUACAUCUUCUAUCUACAACACAUUUUUAACAUGAUUUCAAUCAUCUACGUCACCUCGUGGGUCAUUGAAAAGAAAAAAAAAAUUAUUUCACAUUUGCGAUUGGUCCGAAUUUCUAAAAUGACUAUCCAUACAAAGUUACAAAUUAAAAUAUUCAUGAAUCAGAUAUCGAUGUAUGAACCAAAUGAAAUAACAGCCUUUGGAUUCUUCAAUAUUGAUUUUAAAUUAACGAUGUCAAUUUUAGUAUUAUUGAUUACUGCGAUCUCAACCAUGCUGCAAAUGAAAAAUCACCCGUGGAUAUUGUACUUGAAGAACGCAUGGUUAGAUACGGUUUAUAAAAUGCAAAAUAAUAAGUAUUAA